UUUGCCCUAGCAUGGAACAAGAGCGUAGAUUGCUGCUCAUGGAAAGACGUCACUUGUGACCAUGUCACCGGUAAUGUCAUCGGUCUUGAUUUUUCUUUACGUCGGUUUCGUGGCGCUCUCUAUUCCAAUAGUUCCCUCCUUCUCCCCAAGCUUCGAUUAUUGAAGAUGUCAAGUUGCAACUUGACCAAGUUCCCCUAUUUCUUGAAUUCGUUAGAAAGAUUGAUACGCUUAGACCUCUCUUUCAAUAAGAUUAGUGGGGAGAUCCCAAAGUGGUUUUGGGAAAUAAGCCAUCAUUCAUUGAAAAAUUUAGAUCUUUCUAAUAAUCUUCUUGAGGGAGGUAUACACCAAUUGCAUCGGAAGCAAUUGUUGUAUAUUGACCUUCAGAACAACUCAUUCCAAGGACCACUCCCGAUCCCUUCACCUUCUACUCGUUACUUUUACGCCAACGACAAUGGUUUCACCGAUGAGAUCCCCUCUUCGAUUUGUCAGUUGAGUUCACUCUUGAGAUUAGAUUUGUCUAACAAUAAUCUCUCGGGAAUUAUGCCCCUAUGUUUUGGUAAUAUGACCAAACUCUUGGAUUUAGAUUUGUCUAACAAUAGUCUCUUUGGGAAUAUACCCCCUUAUUUUGGUAAUAUAACCAAUCUUGAGCAUCUAAACUUGAGCAACAAUAAAUUACAAGGGCCACUACCGCGCUCCCUAGUCAAAUGUGCGAACUUAUCAGUAUUAGUCCUCAGUCAUAAUGAGUUCAAUGAUAUCUUCCCACAUUGGCUAGAAGCACCGCGAUUGUAUUACCUUGAUUUGCAAUCCAACAAAUUCCAUGGUAGGAUCAACCUCACUGCCUUCGAACUCUCCUUCCCUGCUCUUAGUUCUUUAUUAAUUUCCAACAACAACUUUACUGGAUGGUGGUCUACAAAGGUUUUCUCCAACACCUCAUUAGAUGUAAUAGAUUUGUCCAACAACAAAUUUGGAGGGCCAAUUCCACAAUCAUUUUCUUCGAAAAAUAGCUUGUCAACUCUUAACUUGAGUCGAAAUCGGUUUGAAGGCACAUUGCCCCGAUCCCUUGUCAAAUGUAUAUAUCUGGAAAUUCUAGAUCUCAGUAGCAAUCAUUUAGGGGAUGCAUUCCCGAGAUGGUUGGGAAAACUCCCAGAACUGAAAGUUCUCAUUUUGAGGUCCAACAAUUUUGAGGGUCUUUUGAAUAUUCCAAAGGGAGAUCUCAUCUUUAGCAAGUUACGCAUUUUGGAUCUCUCCAACAACAACUUUGGCGGUCCUUUGCCAGCCAACUUGAUAAUGAACCUUGAAGGCAUGAUGGAUAGAGAAGAUGGGCAAUACGAACCAUUGUAUAUGCCACAACAUUCCUACAUGGGGUCAUAUAAAAAUACCGUGACUGUGAUGAUGAAAGGGCGAGAGACAGAGCUAGUGAAGAUCUUGACCAUUUUCACAACCAUUGACUUGUCACACAACUCUUUCCAAGGGAAUAUCCCAGGAGUUAUUGGACAUCUUCACUCUCUCAUAGGACUCAACCUUUCUCAUAACCACCUAACCGGUUCCAUUCCUUUGACUCUAGGGAACUUGACUGAUCUUGGAUGGCUUGAUCUUUCUUCAAACAAGCUUAAUGGGGUAAUUCCUGGAAAUUUGGGAGAUUUGGCAUCCCUUGGGUACUUAAACCUCUCGAAGAACCAACUCACUGGUCGAAUUCCUCAAGACAAGCAAUUGAGCACAUUUUCAAGCGACUCGUUUAGUGGGAAUCUAGGCUUAUGUGGAACUCCAUUGCCAAAAUCAUGCCCUGGUGAUGCUCAACCUCCUCCACCGUCAUCCCUGUCGACUUUUGAUCUCGAAGUGCAUGAGAGUUGGUUCAAGCAUAAAGUAGUAUGGCUGGGUUAUGCAUCUGGAAUUGUAAUUGGGAUUUCUAUAGCAUACAUCGCAUUUGAAAUGGGAAGGCCCGAAUGGCUCGUGCAAGUGAGAAUGCUGGAGGGAAGAGUAGGCGAGUGGAUGGAGAAGUCAAAGCGAAAAGCCAUCAAAUUUCAUGGACAAUGAAAUUGUUGAGUCUUAGUUGUCUCUUUAAA